UGUAACUAAUGCACUUUGUCAGUCCACACUCCACAGGUCUGCUCCAGUUCUUAAAGUAGACUGAAAUGAGAGUCAGAUAUUUGUUUAAAUCAUUUCAGGCAGCAUUAGGAUGCACUACAAGGGGACUUUCUGUGAAUGGUUUUCUCUUCCCUGGGAAUCAUGUAAUAAUUCAGAGGUCAAGUUUAGGAGAUGCUGCUGCCCAAAAUGCAAUGCCAACAAAGACUGUCAGAGAUAUGGUGGACAAGUUUACAUGCAUGGUAGGAGCAUCUUCCACCUACUCAGCUGCCACAGUUGACAGAACUGAGCUACUCAAGCUGUUACCAAAGUCUCAAGAUGAGUUACCUACUCGAACCAUGUCGGAUAGCUGGGACAGUGCUGUGAUUCCUUUAUCUACCAACAAAUGCCUUCGUGAAAAGUAUAUUACCUUCAAUGAAGGUGUCAGAAUUGGCCGUCUACUUGAGGAUCUUGAUGUGUUCUCAGCUUGGUUGUGCUACCGCCACGUGCACAACCCUAGGCAGGCGGAGCACCCUGACCUGCCCAGCCCCUACAUCAUCGUCACAGGCAUGAUGGACCGCAUGGACUUCUGUAAAGGAGUUAAGCUCGACCCCAACCACGACAUCCGCAUCUCAGGACACGUCUCUUGGACCGGCACUUCUUCCAUUGAAACUAUUGUACAUGUUGAUCAGCUUCAAGACGGGGCAUGGAAAAAAGUGACUACUGCCGUUUUCGUGUUUGUGGCCCGUGACCCCCUGAACCAAGGGGCUGCUAUCAUCAACAAACUUGUGCCCAACACAGAGGAAGAAAAGAAGAUAUUCGAACAAGGAGUCCUUAACAAACUUUCCCGCAAGAUUGUCAAGGAGGAGAGUCUCUUCAAGCAACCUCCAAACGAGACAGAAAAAAAUCUGGUUCACGAGCUCUUCUUGAGCAUGUCGAACCCCAAGCAGCACGAGUUCGCCCCCAAGAGAAAGCCCCAAGGAUCACGAUGGAUUUCCGAAACAAAGAUCAAGAACAUCAUCAUGUGUCAUCCUGAGCACCGGAACAGGUUCGGUAAAGUCUUCGGUGGCUUCAUCAUGCGCAAGGCCAUCGAGCUCGCCUGGACCAGCGCUUUGGUUCACAGCGGACAGCGGUGCACUAUUAGCCACAUAGACGACGUGGUGUUCACGCGGCCGGUGGAGGUCGGGUCGUUGCUCUACCUCAACGCUCAGGUGGUGUACACUGACGGUGAGCACAUGCAGGUGAGCACCAAGGCCAGCAUGAUGGACCCUGUGACCCAGACGCUCAGCCUCACCAACAUCUUCCACUUCACCUUCGCUGCAGACUCCGCCGUGCCGCCCGUGCUGCCCUGCACCUAUCAUGAAGCGAUGAUGUAUCUGGACGGGCGUCGUCACUAUCAGUUGGUGACGGGCGAGCGACGUUACUACGGACAGCAGGAGAGCAACGAGGACCGUCACGAUUAGAUCCUACGGGUCGCUGGAGGCUCACUACGGACAGUGACGUAAACGUGCUACGGGCAACGGGACGCGGCAAUAACUACGUGAUAUCUCAAGAGCAAAGAACAACAGGAAAGCCUGUCUCCUUCUUUUAUGUUUAGAUUCUCAUUUCAUUUGCUACCUACUAUUUGUACUCAUUAUAACUAUUAAGCUAGUGAUUUAUUCUAUUUAUUACUUACUUUCUAUUUAUUACUUACGCCGUGGGCGUGAGUUUAGUUACGAACUACACAACAGGAUCCAACGCCAGAUCCUGAUGGAUGAUUACAGUGUCAGUAAUUCAGACUUGAGAUCAUUCGAGAAUAAAUUGUAAGCCUACCAAUACGGAACAUUAUCUUCUCGUCAUUGCUUAUGUCGUGUUGUUCGUACUAAAUAUCAUAAGUAAUGUUAGAGUACGCUUAAGAUGAAUCAUAAAUCUUCAUAGAUUACGUAUUUCUGAAUAAAAAAUACUGUAUAUUUAACGCAUAUGGUGAUAAAUCAUAGAUUAUGUCUGAUAAGGUAUUUAUAAAUCAUAAAUAAUGUUAAAUAACGCAUAUGAUAAAAUCAUGGAUACUAUUGAGAUUACAUUGUUGAUAGAGUCGUGAGCUUACCCGUCUGAUUAUUCAGCUUGCAUUUCAUUCGUUUUUAAUAACUACCGUACCUAACAUAAUUGAUUUAUAACUUAGUAAAUUAUUUAACAGUGUUUUAUUAGUAUUAGCUUUAAGCAUUUACGGUCGAGGAUUUUCUGUUUGUUUUUCUUCACAUUUUAAACUGUUAUUAAUGACAUCGAUUUAUCAGGAGUGUUUAAUGCUGCGCUGCCUAAGCUCUGGGCUGCUCUUAUAGAUGGUCAGUGAAUUAUUGUGCAAUGAUCGAACCUCCCUGCAUGGUUAUGCAACUCAAUAGUCUCUAGCUGACGUCUAAUCGUAAGCUUUUUAUUCGCAUUUGAAAAAAAAUUAUUAAGUAUCCGUUUUCAAUUUAUUCUAUUAACCCUGGCGAUGUAAGACCAACUGUCUCCUUAAUAAGCAAGACCAACUGUCUCCUUAAUAAGUAAGACCAACUGUCUCCUUAAUAAGCAAGACCAACUGUCUCCUUAAUAAGUAAGACCAACUGUCUCCUUAAUAAGUAAGACCAACAACUGUCUCCUUAAUAAGCAAGACCAACUGUCUCCUUAAUAAGUAAGACCAACUGUCUCCUUAAUAAGCAAGACCAACUGUCUCCUUAAUAAGUAAGACCAACUGUCUCCUUAAUAAGUAAGACCAACUGUCUCCUUAAUAAGUAAGACCAACUGUCCCCCACCUUCACAAUGAGCUAUUUUCUUCGUUGUGUUUGCCCUCGCUACUUCAUUCACUAAAACAAGUAUUUUUUCUCAACUCGAGUAUUUAGUUCGUUUUCCCAGGAGGUGUUCUCUUCUUCCCCGGCAUGGAGUUUUUUAACUAAUUUUAUCAAGGUUAUGAGCCAUUUGUAUCAGGAGCAUUGGAAAUGAAUUUUUACAUCUGGCAUUUUGCAGUUUUUUUACCGAGUUACGAAAUUUGUAAACUUCGUUACUCGCUUGAGCGAAUGGCGAAGUUUGUCUGCCACUAACAUUUUUAUUUCUAAGCGAUUGCAACAGCCUGGUGUGUUCAAGAGCUAAAUCAUUUUCCAAUUGUGAUUUUCGAGGUGAUGGUCUUGUAGCCAUCAGCAUUCUAUAAUGUGAUACAAGUCAAACAUGACCUACUAAAGUAUCAACAUUGAUAUGGCUGGUAUGUAAACACCAUUAUAAACGGUGGACGGUUUCCCUCCAUAUCGCAUCAAUGAUAAUAAAUAUUUUCUCAUAGCAA